AUGUCGAAUACGACGGCGGCCACUAAUGUCAUCCCGGACAUGACACUUAUAGUGGGACCCGUCUAUAUAGGGGCCCUGAUAGGCUACCUCUUCUUCGGAAUCUCCUGUGUGCAGCUUUAUAUAUACUACGUCUCGUUCUCCAAAGAGAACCGGUGGAUCGUAGGCUCAGUUUACGGAGUAUUUCUGGUGGAUCUCGUCCAUAGCGUUGUUGUCGCCGCCAGGGGGUGGAGAUUUGCCGUUGCGGGAUGGGGACGCCCAGAACUCAUCGAGUUCCCUGGCUGGACGUUCAUCGUCGUCCCCGGUGUAUCCAGCCUGGUUGCCGCAUGGGUUCAAACAUUCUAUGCUUGGCGCAUCUACCGAUUCGGAGCCUGGAGGAUCAUACCAGCCACCAUCAUUUUCUUUGCUUUGGCGCAAACCGGAGCUGCAUGGGGCAUAGGAAUCCAGUACGCCUUCAUGCAGGAUGCAAGUUCGCUACAUCUUCCCUCUAUGUUCGCCCGCACUAUCAUCUGGCUGGGCGGUGGUUCCAUCGCGGACCUGUUGAUUAUGUGUUCAAUGGUCAAGCUGCUCAUGGGUGCCCGUAACCGCGAUAACGGCAUCAUGAAGACGGAACUGCUCAUCAAUAGGCUCAUCCGGCUGACAGUCGAGACAGGAUUCGCGUGUGUCUUGACCGCAAUCACCGAGUUAAUCAUCUUCUUGUCUCUACCAAACAACAACAUGCACCUCUUCUUCUCCUUCCUAUUGAGCAAAGUAUACGCCGUCACCUUGAUGGUGAAUCUGAACUCGCGGAGGACCAGGCUCUGGAACAGAUCAGCCACGGACGAUCCGAUGACGAUGCCAACGAGCACCUCCAUGUCAGGAUUUGAACCUCGUACGCCCCGGCAGCACACAGUGGUGCACGUCACCUCGCAAGUUGAGCGAGUCGGACCUGACAGCAUGGAUGACAUGCACAAGGCGCGCUCUCAGGAUGACGACGAUAUGGAGUUGCAUCCGACGCAGAAGUACCCUCGUACGGAAAUCAACUUCGCACAUCCGAUGCCAACCCGCGACUGA